CCCUUAUUCGUUUUUCCUCCAGAUCAUCAAUAUUUAUCUUCUGAAACUUAAAAAGGUCAUUAAGCUCAUCUAUGACCGUCGUAUGAUAUCGAUGAGAGCCAGAAAUUAUACAUAUCGUGUCUGCCCGUUGGUUGAAACUGUAAAACAAGAGAAAUUUCUGGACGCGUACCAUGUACGUAUGAAUGAAUAAAUGAAUAAAUGAAUACAUGAAUAAAUAACCGAGCCACGCCCACACCACCGCUGCGUGUAUCAAUGGUCUGCCUUCCAAACGGGCGUCGCGCUCUGAUUACGUCACACGGAGGCGGUCCCUCCAUUCUUCGGGUCCAGUGGAAGUUGAGCUCCAUACUUUCCGUUCGUUAAAAGGAGCCGAUGCCAAGUGCAGUUCGGCGAACCGUUGCUUUUGCACGUAUCGCGAGCAGAAAGCGUGGAGCGGAUAGGAUUAUUUAUUACUAGUUUUUAACUUUUUUUUUUUUUUUUCCCCCCCCUCCCUCCUUCGGAAUGCUGCUAAGAGACGUUAUAAGUAUACGAUAAAAAAUAAAAAGACGUUUUACGGGACCCAGUGAGUGAGCACUACUGAACUGAACUUGUUCCGAGUCGUAUUUCAAACAGACUCUGACUGUGUGCAACUUACUUAAGAAGCGCUCGCCUCAGACUCUAUAGCUCAUCAGUUCGUGUCUCCCCUACCCUCCUCCUCCUCCUCCUCCUCCUGUCUCCGAACUGAGCGCUGCCUGGGUGACAGCAGUACAGUCGCGCCGUCCGGGCUCCGGAUCCCACAUCACCACUCAUCAGCCGCAGCAGCAUCGCCGUCGUCGGCUGGAGCGGCGCCGGACGCGGGUGGCAGCCCGUAACCGACCGGAGCGGAGCUGCUCAGACCCCCUCGCAGGGGCUCCGAGGACUGGACAUUCCGGGGUUCGGAGGGACUUUUCCUCACUUUCCACACCUCAGCGCGGCGCUUUUCGGCCCUUCUCUUUUUUAACGGGGGAUGGAUGCCGAACCGAGCCGCUUCUAAGUAAGAAGAGUAUCGAGGGCGGGAGCGCGCGCGACAUCUUCCACUUCACUGAGCGGACGGGUCGGGAACCUAGGAGCAGCAUGUCGUGAUAUGGAGGAGGAGGAGCAAAACCGUUACGUGGCCCAGCUGAAGGAGGAGUUCGACAGCUGCGAUACCACAGGCACCGGCUACCUGGACAAGGAGGAGCUUACCGUCUUGUGCCAUAAGCUUCACCUCGAUGCUCAUAUUCCAGUACUGCUGGGUAACCUUCUGGGACCCCAUCCUUUUGGCCGGGUGAAUUUUGAGGAGUUCAAGGAGGGCUUUGUGGCUGUUCUUGCUAACUCGCUGGAUCUCAGUACAUCUGAGGAGGAGAGCAGCUACUUGGAACCAGUGGUGCCAGAGGAGGUGAAGCCAAAGUUUGUGAAGGGAACAAAGCGGUAUGGCCGCCGGACACGUCCGGACAGGCCUGACCCAGAGCUGGGAGUCCGUUUGGAGGGAACUUCAUCUCUCAGGACAGACCAGGCCAAGUCCUCUCCUGUGGAUGAGCAGAGGGCUAAACUCAGGAGGUCCACCUCACUAGAGAGUGUUGAGAGUCUCAAGUCAGAUGACGGAGCGGGAAGCAAUAAGGAGAGCAGCCCACACACCUUUGAAGCCCAAGGGCAGCUGAAGCGAUGGAAGCGGGACAGCGUGGGGAGCUCUUGGCACACCCCAGACCUACAGUCAGAUGGAUCAGACCAGCAAAUGCAGGCAUUGUGGGCCAAUCUUGGUGUGGGUGGCAGCAGCUUCCUGAACAGGCAGGAGCUGUCCUUGGUGUGCGAGAGCAUUGGCCUGAAGGACCUACCCACUGAGGAGCUGGAUGCACUAUUCAGGAAGCUGGACCAAGACCAGGAUGGCAGGGUCAGCCUGAAGGAGUUCCAGAGGGGCUUUCUCACACAUGGAAUCCUCCCAAGACCCUCCUCUUGUUCCACCCCCAUCCAUCCCCAUCCCCACCCCCUGCACUCACAGUCCUUCGUGGACAGCCCAGUGCGGUCGGCCUCACGCUCGCUGCUGUCGGCCACCGUGGGCCAGAGGCUGCUGACCCGGCUGGAUGAUGGAUCAGGCUGCGGCAGCCCCGAGUGCGUCGUUGCUCUCUGGAAUGAGGAGGGCGUCAGGAAUAGCCAGGAGAUCCUACAGACUUUAGAAUUCUCGCUGGAGGAGAAGCUGAGCCUGGCUGAGUUGAGCUUGGCCUUGGACAAUGAGCUGCUGGUCAGCGGGAACAGCAUCCACCAGGCGGCCCUCGUCUCCUAUAAGAACGAAAUCCAAUUCCUACAGGUCCAGGCAGAUCAGGCUCGCAGAGAGCGGGACAAGGCCAAGUUGGACCUGGAACGGGCUGAGCAGCGCAACCUAUACCUGGUCAGGGAGGUGGAUGACCGCCACACCACAAUGGAGUCAUUCAAUGAAACCAGAAUCAGGGGUCUUGAGCAGGAGUACCGGGAUAAACUGAUGUCGCUAAGGACCGAGUCGGAGAUGGAGAGGGAGGUGCUUUUGCAGCAGGCUGAGCAGGAACGGACACGGCUGCAGCGGGAGGUGGACAGCCUGCGGGUAAAGGAGGUGAAUCUGCAGGAAGAAGUUUCUGCUGCCAAUGAGGAGAACAGCCGCUUGGAGAAGGAGGUGAGUCUACUGAGGGGAAGACUUUCUGACUCAGAAACGACCAUCUCCAGGCUACAGAAAGACUUGGACCACCUUCUUCUGGAUAAGCUGGGCCUUCUGGACACGGGCCACGAGGGCCUGCUGGGUCAGGAGGAGCGCUUUGCCGACAUCAUCAGAGAGUAUGAGCAGCAGUGUCGGGAACUUCGGGAUAGAAACGAUGAGUUGAACUCUGAGCUGGAGGUACUGAAGAGCCAGGGACUGGGGACGAGAUCCCGGAAGGAUAGGAUUUCUACAGGCGCCUGGCCGAGUCUUCAAGAGCAAAUGACGGAGUCUGAUUCUGAUGACCCUGAGAAGAAGAAGAAGGGCGCUCCCCUCAUCACCAGGAAGAAGCUCCCCGUCACAAAUACGGAUGCCUUGGGCUCUCUAGAGAGCCUACCGGGCAACAUGAGUAUUAAUUCAGAGCUGUUUGUGGAGCUGCUGAAGGAGAAGCACAACCAGGAGGUGCAAGAGCUGAAGAUUGAUCUUGAAACUAAGGUGAACUUCUACGAGCGCAGCCUGGAGCUGAUGCGACGCAACAUGGAGGUGGAGCGUAAAGACAUCUCGCAGGGCUUCAAAUUGGAGAUCAGUGAGUUGGAGGAGCAGAAGGCUCUGGCAGAGGAGCGUGAGGCACGACUCCGGGAGAGCCUGGUGCAGCUGCAGGCCCAGUUUCAGGCCAGCGCCUGGGGCCCUGAGCAGGAGAAGCGGGCCCAACGUGAGCGGGCCGAACUGGAGCAGAACUACGCCAGGGAGAUCUCAAACCUUGUGCAGAAACUCACCUCUGAGAAGGAACAGCUAGAAGCGGAGCUCAAACUGAAGAUGGAUCAGGAGGUACAGCUGGUCAGGGAGGAGGUGAAGCAGCAGUUGGCCAGAGCCAUGCCACAAUACACUGAGGUCCAGUGUACUCUUCAGGAGCAAGAAGCAUGGGAGCAGGAACUUGAGGCCCAGGGUUCCCAAGAGUGGAAGCGGCUUGAGGACGCCCACAAGAAUGAAGCUUGGUCACUGCAGGACAAGAUCCGCACCCUGGAGUCACAGGGCGCAAAGGUGAAGGUGCAUAGCAGGGAUCUGGAGGUUGAGCUGAAGAAAAGGCAUUCCCAGUCUAUUGAGUGUGUUGCUUCACUGAAAUCCCAAGAGACCUUGCUCCAGUGCUUGGCCACAGGCAUGUGCACCAAAGAAGAGCUAGAAGUGAUGAAAAUGCAGGAAAACACACUCCUCUGUAAGCUAUCUGAGUUGGCCAGCGAGUUAAGAAUUACAAAUGGGGAGUAUGAGACUCUCUUGAAGGAAGUGAGGGAGGAGGAGGAUAAGCUGGAGGAAAUGCAGGAAGUGCUGAGAAGCAGUGAGGCAUCUCUCCUGAAGAAGGCAACAGAGUUGAAAUCUAUAGAAGAGGAAAAAGCCAAGCUGGAGGAGGGGCUAGAGAGACAAAGUGCUGCACCAGAGAAGCUGCAAACAUUUAACUAUCAAAAAGACCAUUUGAUCCAUCGAAGGAACAGUGAGGAACGCCUGAUGGAUCCUUUGAGGCAAGAGAAGAGCAAGGUUGAGCAUAUGCAUCCCAUACUUUGCUCAGAGAGGGAGCAGGGAGUGGGCACCCUCCAGAGGAACAGUCAGGACACCUGUCUGACAGUUCAGCUGUCCUUCCAGAUCCAGGAGUUGGAGGUGGAAUUGUCCAAGCUCAGGAGAGUCAUACAGGACUUGUCCUUCUGCUUCAACUUUAAGAACAAGUUUGUCCUAGCCCUUCAGGUCCAGCUAGAAACUGAAGCUGCAGAGAGGGGCCAUUUGAUGAAUAAUGUUACACAGACAAAGAACAUGCUGGAACAUCAGGAGGAGCUGUGUAAGGACCUUGCCAACAAAGUUCAGUUGUUGACCAUCCAACUGGAAGACAAGGAACGGGCACUGUGUGCUCAAAUGCAACAAAGUGGUCAUUCCUGUAGCAUCCUUCAAAAAGCCUUGCAGGAGGCCCAGGCCCAAACACGAUGUGUGGAGGAGGAAUUUGAGAGGGAGAAGAACAGAAUGAGGGAGCAGCUCCAGGACAUGGAGAAGCUAGUUAUGGCUGUAGAGGCUGCCAUGGACCAGUCCAGUCCGCAUAGGAGGCAGCUUACUGAGGUCACUACGGAGAACACGGUGUUGAAGAAUAGACACUCCAGGGUGCAGCAGGAUAUAGAGAGGCUCGAGGACGAGGUCAGCAAGAAAAGAAAGAACCUGGAGGAGAUGGAGAAAGAACAUGAGAAAAGCAGAGAGGAGGUGGAGAGACUGUAUAAGGAGAACGCCAGGCACCGCGAAGAGGUGCUGGAGCUGAGCGGCCGGAACUUGGAGUUGAGUGGGGAAAAUGCGGAGCUGAUGCGGAGUCUUCGCUCCGACCAGGAGGCGGUGCGGCUGCUGACGGAGCGCCUGGAGCAGCUGUCGCAGGAAAGAGAGGAGGAGUUGGUUGCGGUUUCAGAGUUGCGGGAGAGCUUGAAUCGACAGGAGCGUGAGAAGGAGCAGCUGGAGCACAAGCUGGGGGCAGCCAAGGAGAAGCUCCACCAGCUGUCUGCCGCGGAGGCCGAGCUGUCCGGGUUGACCCUGAAGUACCGUUGGCAGGAGGAAGAAAAGAAAAGGCUUCUAAAGGAGGCUGAUGAGAGGACCCUCAAGGUGGAGCAACUCCAGGAGUCCCUCUGCUCUCUCAACACCCAGACGGAGCAGCUGCGGUCCCAGCUCCAUGCUACAAACCUGGACAAAGCGCUCCAGGCCCAGGAGGCAACCACCUGCCAGAAGACACUGCAGGAAUUCGAGGACAAGGUACAAGAAUUGGAAAGCAGUGUAGAGAGGAUGCGCCAGGGGAAGGAGCAGCUGAGGGUGGCCCACCAGCAGCAGCAGCAGAUGGAGGAGGAGGCCGAGGCCCUGAGGCGCGAGUGCCAAAGUCUGCGAUCCCAGAACCAGGAACUCUUCUGUAAGGUGAGCCAACUUAAAGUCCAAGAGUGUGAAGUUCAUAAGGUGAACCAGGAGAGUCACACACUGAAGACCAAACAGGCAAAACUGGAGAUGGAUGUCCAGCAAGCUCAGGAACAGCGGCUGCAGGCGGACACAGCCCUGGCUCUGGCACAGUCCCAGCAUGCUAGGGAACUGCAGCAACUGAGGGAGCAGCUAGACCAGGGGUGGAGGGAACGGCUGUGCCAAAUUGAAGCCCGGCUUGCCGAAGAGCACCGGCGUGUAGAGCAGCUGGAGGGGCAGCUCAAUCACCAAGCCCAUCAAGCCAGCACACACAUGGGACUACAGCAGGAGCAGUAUGAAAAAGCAAUGAAAUGGAUGGAGGAGAAGAUGGAGGAGGCUGAUGCCAAAGUGAAGAAUCUCCGCAUGGUGCUGCAGGAGAAGGUCAUCCAGCUGAAGGAACAGUUGUCCAAGAAUGCCAAAUUAGAUGUGCUGCUGAAGGACCUGUAUGUGGAAAACUCGCAGCUCAUGAAGGCUGUGCAGGUAACAGAGCAGCGGCAGAAGUGCGCCGAGAGGAAGAACUACAUACUGGAGGAGAAAAUUGCUGCCCUCAACAUUCUGUUGCGCAAGAUUGCCCCUGCAUCCCUCAGCGUGUAGAAGCCUUC